AUGUUUAUCAACACUACCCAAAGGCGACAACACAUUUUCCAUAUAGUAAUCCAUUUGCAUGAAAUUAAAAUGAGUUCCGGAUUUGUUACUGAAUCCGAGGCAGCAGAAGCACGCCAACGUCGCCAGGAAGAAUGGGAACGCGUACGGCAGCCCGAGGAUCCUAUGGAGAGACCCGAGGAACCGUACGACGGACGCUCGCUAUACGACCGCUUAAAAGAGCAGAAAACAAAAAAGGAUAUGGAAUUUGAAGAAGCGCACAAGCUGAAGAACCUAAUACGUGGCCUAGACGAUGAUGAGGUUCAGUUCCUGGAGCUUGUUGAUGCUCACAAAAUGAACGCUGAGCGUCAACAAAUGCGUGACGAGAAGCUGGAGCUGGAGGAUUUUCGCAAUCGAGUUGAAAAGCUGCAGGAGGAGAGCGUAGAUAAGAAACUUCAAGCGGAGCUGAAGACGACAGCCAAAUCUGUCGGUGCAUCCGCCACGGCGCGCAAUACACAAAAGUCACUGCUGGGACAGGGCAUUAAGCGCAAAAAUGGUGAGUUGCCCACAACCAGCAAGGUGUCCAAAACGGAGCAAAAAACACCAGCGGAGAAAUCAGCAGCACCAGCAACAAUUAACAUCAACACAACCAAACACGAUGUUGGCGGUCUCAAGUGCAUCGCCAUACUCCCAGGCAUUGGUUCCUACACCGAGUCGAGCGAUUCUGAGGCGAGCACCGAUACCGAAGAUUACGACCACGAUAAGAACAGUCUGGUGGAUUUGUGUGGUCGCAAGAUACUAAAAAAGAAACAGUGCGCCGAGUAAAUCGGUUUCUUUUGUAUUCAUUUGGGGGCAACAGUUUUAUUGGAUUCUUAAUUAUAAUGUUUAGCGUUUGCUGCAGCGAAUUAUACAACCUAGAGUUAAACAAA